AUGACUUACCAGCGUGCAGACCAUGCCGUCUUCGCGCGUCCCGAGUUCGAUCCAGACGAUUACGCGAAUGCCAUUCUAGCCGGAGAGGCUGGGAAGUCCAAAGCAGGCAAGGGCUCCAGCCUGGAAGCAGCACACGAGGACGUCUCAGUCGCCAUAUCGAAGCUGAACUUCUCUACUGAGGACAUUGAGAAGCAGCUGAAGAAUAUGGUCACUACACAUCAUGAGGAGCUGCUGGUGCAAGCGGCCGGAGUGACUGAGCUCGAGGCUUCGCUCUCAUCAGUUCAGAAUGGGCUCGAUGAGCUCGAUUCAUCAUUGAGAACCAAGAUCCGGUUGCUGUUUCAAUCGCUCCAAAACAAUGUUUCCAAACUUGGACGCAUUCAGCAAGCAUCAGACAUCCUGCGCCGCAUGUCGCGCUUUGUGAUUUUAACUCGACGGUUGGAAGUACAGCUAGCAGAUAUGAACAAGGGAGAAUCUGCUGAUACGGAGACAUCAACCGCCAUAUCCAAGAAGGACCAGUCCAAACCGAACGAGUCACCGCUCGCCCUUAUACAGCCUACUGAGUUGACAUCUGUUGGAGAAGGAGAGGACGAGAAGGAGCGGACCAUAGCAAAGGCUGCAUUGACGAUUGCUGAACUGACUUCUCUUUUUGGAAGCUCAUCGUCAGACUUUCACCCGCGGGGCAGCCCAGAUGAUAAUACAUCGGAGGAUCGGGGCCAUACGAUACCUCUGGGUUGCGUGAAGGCCGUGGCUGCUCAUCUGCCAUACAUUGAAGCCGUCAGAGCACGUGCAAUGGCAGAUAUGGAAGUGAUGGUUAUGACAGGACUCGCGGAAUUCAAUCAGUCUCUUCUCGCAUCCUCGCUUUAA